AUGUCCAAGGCAACCACUUUCAAACUCAGCAAUGGGAUCUCUAUCCCUGGGCUAGGAUUCGGUACCUUCUCUAACGAGCGACAGAAGGGAGAGUCUUACAACGCGGUACUGCAUGCUCUUCGGGCGGGUUACAGGCAUCUAGACUGUGCCUGGUUCUACCAGAACGAGGACGAAAUCGGCAGCGCCAUCAAAGACUUUCUUUUAGAGAACCCGAGCGUAAAGCGAUCAGAUCUCUUCAUCACAACAAAAUUGUGGAACUGCUUCCACGAGGAGGAAGAGGUGAAAUGGUCUUUGAACGACUCUCUCAAGAACCUCGGACUAGACUAUGUGGACCUCUACUUGAUCCAUUGGCCUAUUGCCUGCGAGAAAACCGAGGACAAUCAGCCCAAACUCGGGCCUGAUGGAAAGUACAUCAUCAACUACGACUUGACCAACAAUCCUGAACGGACAUGGCGCGCCAUGGAGGCCCUCUAUGAUGAGGGUAAAACGCGAGCCAUCGGCCUGUCCAACUUUACCAUCCGCGGGAUCGAGCAGAUUCUUUCCUUUGCCCGAGUCCCACCCGUUGCCAACCAGGUGGAAAUCCAUCCGUUUCUUCCAAACACUAAAUUGAUCGAGUACUGUUUGGCUCGUGAUAUCUUGCCACAAGCAUACUCCCCUCUGGGAUCACAGAACCAAGUUCCCAGCACCGGCGAAAAGGUCUCCACGGACCCUACGCUAAACCAAAUUGCUAAGGAGGGAGGAUACACUCUUGCCCAAGUCCUAAUCGCCUGGGGUUUGCGGAGGGGAUACGUGGUCCUACCGAAGAGUUCGAAUCCGGAGCGUAUCGCAAGCAACUUUAAGCAGAUCGAGUUAACCGACGAGCAGUACGACGCCAUCAACCAUGUGGCGGAAGGGAGGCAUACGAGGUUCGUAAAUAUGAGGGAUACAUUUGGGUACGACGUGUGGCCUGAAGAGGUCAACCAAGACGUCGGAGAAUAG